AUGACGACGCUCGACCUCGACCUCUCACCGGUCACCCUUCUCCUCCAGGAGAUCCAGACGGUGACCUCGGCUAUGCGCCGGAACCAACGCUGGGCUCAUGUUUCGAACUCGGGGUACGGCGCCGGCGUGCCGUCUGUUUCGGCUCGAGGAAAACGCGUCUCUCCCCUGACAAAGGGAAAGCGACACUCCGAAGAUGAUGGCGAUCUCAUGCUCGGCUUUGUUGAGCUCCGGCGAUCGCUCGCCGGUGUCCUCGAUAUCACGACGCUCACGCCGCUGGACAUUGUCGACCCAUUUAUUGCUUUGGUCCGCUCGCCGCUGACGUCUGGACCGAUUACGAGUCUGUCGCUCACUUCGCUCCACUCAUUGUCGAUCCACAUUCUUCCCCUCUACUUCCCAGCCACGAAGCCACCGGUCAUCAGCCCCGCGUCGCCCCUCCAGAUCGCACUGGCCCAUGUCACAGCCGCUCUCGCGCAGUGCCGCUUCCCGUCAAGCUCUCCCCAGCAGGAUGAACUCGUUCUGCUGCGACUGUUGAGGGUGAUCGAGGCGCUCACUAUCCCAACCCUUCCCAGCAGGGCUGGCACGACUGCCGUUCCACAAAGCCUCCUAGACCACAUGGGCGACGAGGGGGUUUGUGAGCUUCUCGAAGUCGGUUUGGGCAUGCUCGCCCGCGGACGUCUGAGUGAGGGUCUGCGAGGCACGGCGCAGCUUUGUGUUCAAGCAAUCACCCGCACCACAUUCCUGCGUCUGAAGUCCCUUCGCCCCGAGGACGUGGAAUUGGCACUCAAAUCGCGCUCGGACGCCGACAAGGUGAAGGAGACUGUCGUUGUUGCCACGCAGAAGGAGAUCGCAGAAGAGGAGGCCUCAGCCGAGCAAGCCGUGGAGCGGCCAUCAGAGGAACCCCCUGUCGAGGAACGCAAGAGCGAGGAGGAACAGGCCCAGGAGAAGCAAGAGGAAGGCGAGCCGUCAUUGCUCGGAAAGGCAGCUGACGCUGUUAAACCGCCACCAGCCCCGAGUGAGGCCGCCGACGAACCGGAGCCGCCCCAAUUCCUGCCCUACGGUCUGCCGACCAUGUUAGAGCUGCUUCGAGUCCUCAUUGCGCUCCUCAACCCGACCGACCAAGCUCACACGGAUUCUAUGCGCAUGUCGGCUCUUGCUGUUCUGAACGCAGCUCUCGAAGUCGGUGGCAAGUCCAUCGGCACUUGGCCAGAGCUGCGUGAGGGUGUGCGGGAUGAGGGCUGCCGCUAUCUCUUCCAGUUGACGCGUGCCGACUCGCCUGUCCUUCUCACCUCGUCAUUACGUACAACGUCAACGCUCUUCGCGACGCUGCUUCCUCACCUGAAGCCGCAGCUGGAGCUCUUCCUGUCGUACUUGAUCGACCGCCUGACGCCGCCGACGCCUUCGCCUCUUCCUCCCCAUCUCCGUGACAUCUCUCGCCCGACAUCGCCGCGGCCCACAGUGGGGGCCGACGGAAGCGUUGAGGGCGACAAGUCGCAGACGCCACCGACGUCAACACCCAAGCCGUUCGCAAUGCUGCCGCCGAUGCCUGCGCAGUCGAAGGAGCUGUGGCUUGAGAGCCUCGCGCAGAUUGCCACUCGUCCCAGCUUCAUGGUCGACUGCUAUGUCAACUUUGACUGCUCGGUGGACAGCGAGGACAUCUUUGAGCGGCUGAUCGCCUUCCUCACCCGGGGCGUCUUCCCCGCCGGGCCCCCGAAACAGGACGGCUCGACACAAUUCGAUGGCCUUGACAACUCGCAGCUUCUCUGUCUGGAGAUCCUCCUGUCGUUCAUCGGCUCGAUGGCGCUGCGCCUGGAGUUCGGUGACGAGCCUUGGCCCGCUAACACGGUUCCUGUGGAGCAGCUCGCCAAGGACAAGGACAGGAAAGCUGUCCUCAUUGCUGGCAUCGAGCAAUUCAACGUCAAGCCGAAGGUCGGACUGGAGUUCCUCCGCAAGAAUGGUGUAAUCGUGCCCGACGAUGGACCCGGCACCGACGAAGACCGGAUGCGAAGAGCCACUGCCCGUUUCCUGAAGUCGUCUAGCCGUUUGGACAAGCGCGAGCUUGGUGACUACAUCUCGCGUCCCGAUCAGAUCGAUCUUCUGAAGGAGUUCAUUGGGCUGUUCGACUUCAAGGGCAAGACCAUCGCCGACGCCCUUCGAGAGAUGCUCGAGACUUUCCGUCUCCCUGGUGAAGCUCAGCCAAUCGGCCGCAUCACCGAAGUCUUUGCAGACCACUUCUUCUCCUUCGGCCCGCCGGAGAUUGCGUCCACCGACGCAGUUUACGUUCUGGCUUACUCCGUCAUCAUGCUCAACACGGAUCUUCACAACCCUCAGAAUCGAAAGCGCAUGACUAUCGAGGACUACAAGCGCAACGUCCGAGGCUGCAAUGAUGGCAAGGAUUUCGAUCCCGAGUACCUUACCGCUAUCCACGACAGCAUCCGAAAGCGCGAGAUCAUCCUUCCCGAGGAGCAUGCUGGCCAGCACGGCUUCGACUACGCUUGGAAGACGCUGAUGCAGCGCUCGCGCACAUCAGGCCUCACCAUCACCUGCAACACGGCGCAGUUCGAUCGGGAGAUGUUCAAGAUGUCGUGGCGACCGAUGAUGGCGUCGCUCGCCUACGCCUUCAUGAUGUCGUCUGCUGACGAGCACGUCAUCCAGCAUGCUAUCACGGGCUUCAGGCAGUGCGCCACGCUCGCAAGCCACUUCAACAUGCCGGAGGUGUUUGACAACAUCGUCCAGUCUCUUGCUCCCGCGACUGGCCUGCUCGACGAGACGCCAGAGGGCUACCAAAUGGGCAACCACCCGACGGCGGAACGCGAUGGCGUCACUCUCACCGUCUCGCCUCUCGCCAUUCACUUUGGUCAGAGCUACCGCUCGCAGCUGGCGACCGUCGUUCUCUUCACCAUUGCGAACGGCAACAGCAACGACAUCCGUGAGGGCUGGCCGCUCAUCUUUGAGAUGUUCCAGACGCUCUUCCUGCACUCGCUCCUCCCGUCGGAGAUGCUCCAGAUGGAGGACUUCCUCGCUGGAACCUCUACCAUCCCCCUCAAGGCUGCCACGCCUGUUCCGGAGCGCCGACCCGAGGGCAGCGGCUUGCUGUCGACACUAUCAUCCUAUCUCCUCAGCCCCUAUGGUCAGACCAAUGAGCCUGUCGUUGUUGAGGCCAGCGAGGAAGACAUCGAGAACGCGCUUGUCGCUGUGGACUCACUCGCCUCUUGUCGGCUGGAGGAGCUGUACGCUGAGAUCCUCACCCUCGGCGUCGACUCUCUCAUCCCGGCCCUUCGUGCCAUCCGCCAAUUGGCGGAGGCACGUACGACACAAAAGCUGGCGCCUCGCGAAACGCCCGACGGACCGCGUCACUUCGAUGGACAGCUGGCUUAUGACCCCGCCUGCGCUUUCCACCUCGAGAUGAUGGUGUCCCUCGCUGCUCACGGCAAGGAGCACAUUGCGGAGUCCUGGCCUAUCAUCUUCGAGUACAUCUCGGCCCUGCUCAACUCUGCCCAGAGCUAUCCCGACCUGCUCAUCGAGCGCGCGGUCGUUGGUCUGCUGCGUCUCUGCCUCGCCGUCUCUGAGCAGUCUGAACUCCGCGACCAGCUGUACAUUGCCCUGGACGUCCUCCGCUCGUUGCCGUCUACUGUUCUGAACAGCGUGUCCGAGCAGCUUAUGGCCGGCGUCGCCCGCAUUCUCGAGAAGGAUGCCGGCGUCGCCAAAUCGCAGACGGAGUGGGGACUCAUCCUCGCUCUGUUCAGCGCGACCGUAGCUCACCCUGAGGCGAGCAAGGUCACGAUGUCGAUCGUCCAGAAGAUGGUCACCGGCACGCAUCCUGGCCUUACGACGGACAACUUCAGCGGAGUCGUUGCCCUGCUGGACGAGUUUGCCACUGCUGCUGGGGCUGCCGCUGCCUCUCGCCAGCCUUCGCGCCGUGGCGGCGCUGACGUGCGCGCAACUCUUGGCCCUACGCUGGAGCGCGGCCUUACGGCUCUCGACUCGCUGUACGAGCUGCGCAACCUUAUCCCCGGUUUGAUCGAGCGCAGUGGUAAGACGAGCCGCGACGCCUUCAACACGUUCUGGCUGCCGCCACUCCUCGUCAUCAGCAAGCAGUGCGUGAACGGCCACCGCGAAAUCCGCUCUCGCGCGAUCGGCUACCUGCAGCGUUUGCUACUCAGCCCGCAGCUGAUGGCUGCGGACGCGGACACGCUGCCGAUCAUCUUUGACCGCGUCCUCUUCCCGGUGCUGGACGAGCUGCUCAAGCCGCAAGUGCACGACCGUGACCCACAGGGCGCGAUCGAGAUGCGCCUGCGCGCCGCGCCGCUCCUCUGCAAGGUGUUCCUGCAGUACGUCGUCGGCCUCACCGGCUCAUCGGUCGUUGGGCCGCAGUUCGUCCGUGUGCUCGACAAGUUAGAGCGCUUCAUGCGUGGCGACCGCGACAUGCUCAACGAGGUUGCCGAGAGCCUCAAGAACGUCGUCCUUGUCAUGUACAGCAGCAAGUUGCUCGUGCCGCCGCCGGCGCAGGGCGAGACGAGGACACAGGAUCAGAUCGAGCUCUGGAACGCGAGCGCGCCCCGUGUCGAGCGUAUGAUUCCCGGAUUCCUUGAUGAGGCGCUGCAGCCCGACGAGGAGCCGGUCGUCCCGGAGAACCAGGAGCCGGUGCCGGUCGCUGAGGAGUCUGCUGAGGAAGUCAAGGAAGAAGCCCCCGUAGAAGCAUAG